AUGUGCGCCGCAGUUGCUUGGCGGGAGGCGCGGGAACGUCUCGCUCAAGCUGGCUGGUACCAAUCGAGCUACAUCAUGCUACCCAACCAGGCCCCUUCCAUUCGCUCGCCCUUUAUCGAGUCCCUCCCUACAGAGACCAUGCUCAACGUGUUCGAUUACCUUCAUACAGAAGAAAAACUGCUCCCAGAGCGCGAUGGCAAGGUUUCCGCCCGUUCUGCUUUCUUCCCUUUCGGUGUCGCUACUGUUUGCCAUCGGUGGCGGGACAUCUUGGGUCUGAAGGCUGUGUAUUGGGACUGCGUGGCCAUUAUGCUGGAACUCUGUCCCGACGCGUCUGUCCUGAGGGUCUGUCUGGACGCAUUCAAGCAGCUGAAGACCAUCAAGUUGUACCUUGUCUACGGCGAUAGGGUCGAUAUCAGCGUUUCGACAGAGAACGCUCGUUGUAGUUCGCUAAUACGACUUCUUGCUCCCCACUUGUCUAAAUGCGAGGUCAUCUCCGUUGAUGUUCGGUAUCGCUCUACCAUCGUGGCAGCUACUCGGAUUCUGGACAGUCUCGACGCUCGCAAUCUCGUCGAAUUAUCACUGGAGUCCGAAGUCACUGAUUCGACCAACGAGGCGCUCUUCACGAACUUUAUCUCUCCAAAGCUUCGUACACUAUCCAUGGAUGCCAAAACUUUCCUCGCGUUUUCGAAAGCUGGAAAGCGAAAAGAAACGGGCGUCAGGAUCAAGUAUGUGCGGUAUCUCCAUGUCACCUCCUAUCAUCCUAAGGAUAAAUCUCCCCACUUGGAGCGGUCUCAGCUUAUCUCUGCUAUUGUUCGUUUCACCAAGACCUAUGGGCUCGUGUGUCAACUUUACGUCAGAGACGUUAUAUUCAACCCGCACGAAACUAGGCAGCCCGGAGUUAUCGAGAUGGUCGACGACGUAAGCUUCGCCGCUGUGGACGGAAGAUUUUUACGCGAAUUUCUUAGCCACUUCAUCCCCGCUUCCUACUCCCAAGGGCGAGAGAGCACCUUGUCGCUCGCCCGCUGCCACAUUGUGUCUCCGGUUUUCAUCCGUUUCAUCGCCGAUAUCUAUCUGACAGAAAUAGACGACAGCGCCACCAUCCUGCACCUGCUCAAGCACUGGAGUGGCCUCUCCGUUCAAAUCUAUGAUUGCCCUGGGUUUACCGACAAUGUUCUGGAUGUGAUGGCCCGCGAAUAUCUUUGUGGUGGCGCCUCCAUGUUCAUAUUCAAGAACUGUUCGAUCUCGGUCUCGGGUGCUCGUAGGUUCGUAUCCUCUAUGAGACCCGGUGGUAACUUUGAGGAGCUACAUGUCAUGGGGGCACCAGAUAUGACCGACGAGGACAAGUAUUGGUUCAGAGAUAGAGUUCCAGAUGAUUUAACAUGGAACGGGGAAGUCCUUAAAGGCGAGGGCUUGAUGGACGAGUUCCUUGAUGAUAACUAG